AUUCCGAUUCUUACCGUCCGGUGACAGCACGUGCGCUCGUUGCCGGCACGUGCACAACUGACUCGAGCAAGUCCACUGUGGAUGGAGGUAUAAAAAUCAACCUGAAAUGAUGAAGAAAGGAAAAUAGGAAAAGAAAAGCGUCAAAGAAAAUGGCGGGAAAUCAUGAAUCUGUAGGAGAGGGAAAGCGAUGAAAUCUUCUGAUCGGUGCAAGUUUGGUUAGGAAUAUAUCGAUCUCACCCACAUCAGGAGAUAUGGCGGACAUCGAAACCCUAGGUAUUCUUGAUGAGAUACAAGCACUUGUUUCCGAUAAGCUUCAAGUGGUUUCUUACAAAUGGCUGAGUCGGAACUUUUUGGUGCCAUCAAAUACUGCCAAGAGGCUGCUUCAAGAGUUUGUGGAAAAGAAUGGAAGUCAACUGGAAGUUGUAUAUUCUCUGUCUGGAUGGUUGAAGAAUAAUCCUUCAGCUUACCAUAUAAAGCUUGUUUUGGGCUCUAAACUUUCGGAAGCCCAAGAAGAAUUUAGUGACAGAUGUUCAAUUCAAGUCUAUAGUGUCCAAGCUUGUAUCCCUAAGGAUCCAGCAGUGCUUUGGAAUACUGAAUACAUACAAGCAGAAGAGCUUUUCAAGGAGCCCCCAAAUGUUGUUAAUUGCUUGCGGGAUAACCGGUUUUGUGGGGUCUCAAAUUCGUAUGUAAAACGCAAUGGUGAGGGACCACCUGUAAGCAGUGCAGCUCUACCGUUGAAAAAUGUAGGAGUCUGUGGACCAUCCAGAACUAGUUCUUCUAAGCAAACUUCUGACAAUUUAUUACGUCAAGAAAGAAGGGUUGAGCAAUCAGACCCUAAGCCUGAUCAGGGUAAAGAUAUUCAAAGCGGAAGUCAUCAGGCACAAGCUCUAAAACAGGAUGGCAAACCAGUUGCACAUAAAGAGCAAGUUCCUCAAUUGCCUCCUAACAAAAAGAGAAACCAGAAUGAUAAAAGCUCUUCUGGGACUGCAGGCUCAUUAGCUAGUAUAUGGGGUCGUGCAUCUUCAAAACCAAAGCCGGAUUCUGCUUCAAUAAAGACUGAGAACGCCAUUCCUAUUUCUAAUGAUGCUCAAGUACGUGCUAAUGAAUCGGUGGAGGAUGGAAGCAGUGACGAUGAUGAUGGGCAAAUGAACUUCAAGAGAGUGUCCAAUGGUGAAGGCAAUAAUAGAAAGAGGAGGGUUGUCUUUGAUUUCUCUGAUGAAGAUGAUGACGGCAAAGAUACAGUGAAUCUAGCCUCGCCAGAUCCUCCAAAGAAGCAAGUUUCUCUUGAUUCAAAGAAAAGUACUAAAACUCCAAGUCUGGAAAAUAAGAAUUUGGAUUUUGAUGAACCAAAGGAAGAGAAUGUGAAGGUUGAGAAAGAAAAGGUGGCCAAAGUUGUUCCCAAGUCGACGUUGAAAGAAGAAAGCAGUGAGAGGAAAAGGGGUCCUGCUUCAAACGAGAAUCAAUGCCCUGACAAGGAUGAUAUGAAUCAGAAAGAUAAAACAAGUGAUGCAGCUCAAAAUGUACUUAAAAAGAGAAAAGUUUUGAAGACACGUAUCGAUGAACGUGGGAGAGAAGUAACUGAGGUUGUUUGGGAGGAUGAUGAGAAAGAGACAAAGCCUGAUGACAAUACAAGAAAAGAUACAGGUGAUAGUAAUACGGCAAACAAUGUUGUCAACAGGCCACCUGCAGCAGCUCCCAAGAAAUCACCUGCACUAGGUAAUGCCUCGUCCCAUGCAACAGGGAAAGCUGGAAACAAGAAAGCCGGUACCAAGGAUCCUAAGCAGGGGAAUAUCAUGUCAUUCUUCAAGAAGGUUUGAUGAGUUGGAACUCUAGUUUGGUUAUGUAGGUUUUUAUGCUCUGAUUAUAUUUUACCAUAUUAGCCCUGACAUGUACUACUCUCUUUUGGUUAUCCUCUUUGCAUCACUUUCACUUCCUUUUCCUGAGUUGUACAUUUUCUCAAAGUUUGUAGUUGAGGCUUUUUUCAUGGUUGCACAAAUACAUGAGGGA